GAAGUGUUUCGUUUUGCCCUGUCAGAAAAAUAGGGACGCGUGGGAAAAGUAACUGGAAAGAUAAUCUGAAUUUUCUUGUUUCUGAAGUGAUUUACCUCUGCUGUAAAGCUACCAGAACACAUUGAGCAUCGGAGAAACGCAACAUUACAAGGUUUUCAUGAAAGAAACAUCCUUAUGGGGUUAAGUGUGGGGUUAUGUGUCUGAAAUAACGAAACUGGAGAAAAGACCUGAAGAAGCUCACCAAUAAACAUGUCACAGGCCACAAAACGUAAACACGUCGUCAAGGAAGUUCUUGGAGACUUCGUCACUCCCACAGAAACACAGACCAUUGUGAAGAUCAUCAGUAGCCGUGGAAACAACCUCCAUGAAACCGUCACGGCGCAGGGUGAGAGCUUCCUGGUCAGCAUGCCCACCAAGUUCCGCAAGAACCUCUGGAUCAAGAGAGGGGAUUAUGUGAUUGUGGAUCCUAUUGAGGAAGGAGAGAAAGUGAAAGCUGAGAUCAGCUUCAUUCUAUACAAAGAUAACAUUCAGUACCUGCAACAACAGCAGCUCUGGCCAGAGGGGUUUAAGGAGGAGCUGUCGGAGCGGGAUGUGACGAACAAACAGCGGGAAAAAGACGAUGAAAAAGGACAGGAAGAAGAAGAUAGCAACUCUGAAGAGGAUGAUGAUAGUGACCUGUUUGUGAACACCAACCGAUGUAAUUACCAGUACAUCGAAAGUGAGGAGGAAGAUGAGGACAGUCAGGAAGAAGAUGAUGAUGACAAAGAGGAAAGGACAGAAAAUGGUUCAUAGUGGCAGCGCUGACGACAUGGACGAUGGAGAGUUCAAGGCUUGGUAGUUGUGCUCAGCUGCCCUGCUGUUGUCACUGACUGAACUGAUGACCAGCUCACUGAUGGUCCUGGUGCAACAGCUCCCCCUGCAGUUCAUGUUGUGUAUGGUAUGCUCUGGGCUCAAGAACAGCUGAAGUCUAGUUUUGUGUUUACAAAAAAAAAAGAGAUGUUGGAAUUUAACUCAAAUUGAGUAAGAGAUCCAGAGUAUUUCCAUGUAAAUUGUUUAAGAUUCAAAUGUUCUAUAGUGUUAGAUACUUAUUGCAGAUUAACUAAAAACUCAAGCAUGUUUGUAUACUGACCCCCAGUGCAGCCACUACUGCAUUACAAUCACAUUACAGGGUGAACAGCAUUUUUAGGCGAAGUUGAAAGGUAAAUGUUUAUCCAUUCAUCCGUCUCCACGGGACAAAAUAAACCCUUUAGUGAGCUCUGAUGACUCCGAACUUGAAUACAAACUCUCCUACGUCAGAGUUGAUGAAAGACAUUUCUGUUAUUCUUGACUCCAGAGGAGUCCGGGUGUGGCGAGAAUUUCGACCACAGUCUAGUUUUACCGGUUCUUUUGAAGGUCUUGUUGGAUGGAUUAGCUCCCUCGUUUGGGGCCUGAGUGAGAUUAUUGAAGUACUGAACGUGACGUCAUUACGACAGCGUUGACAUUCCUUCACAAUAUAAUGGUUUGUUUAAUAUUGGACAUUUUUCAUAAAGAUUCCUUCUUCA